CGACAAUGGCGACGCAGGCGAAGCGCCGGCGGGUGGCGGGGCCUGUGGGCGGCGGCGACGCGGACCCAGACCCGGUGGCCGGUUUCCUGAGUUGGUGCCGGCAGGUGGGGCUGGAGCUGAGUCCCAAGGUGAGGCGGCGGGGGUGCGGGCGGGCGCGGCGGGGACGCAGGCCGGCUCUGACCGGCCGCUCCUCCGUCCAGGUGGCGGUGAGCCGGCAGGGCACGGUGGCCGGCUACGGCAUGGUGGCCCGGGAGAGCGUGCAGCCCGGGGAGCUGCUGUUCGCCGUGCCGCGGGCCGCGCUCCUGUCGCAGCACACCUGCUCCAUCGGCGGCCUGCUGGAGCGAGAGCGAGGCGCGCUGCAGAGCCAGUCGGGCUGGGUGCCGCUGCUGCUGGCGCUGCUGCACGAGCUGCAGGCCCCGGCCUCGCCCUGGAGCCCCUACUUUGCGCUCUGGCCGGAGCUGGGCCGCUUGGAGCACCCCAUGUUCUGGCCUGAGGAGGAGCGCCGGCGACUGCUGCAGGGCACAGGCGUACCGGAGGCCGUGGAGAAGGACUUGGCCAACAUCCGCAGCGAAUACUAUUCCAUCGUGUUGCCCUUCAUGGAAGCCCACCCCGAUCUUUUCAGCCCCAGGGUCCGCUCCCUGGAACUCUACCGCCAGCUCGUGGCUCUUGUGAUGGCCUACAGCUUUCAGGAACCACUGGAGGAAGAGGAGGAUGAAAAGGAGCCAAACUCCCCUUUGAUGGUGCCUGCUGCAGACAUACUAAACCAUUUAGCCAAUCAUAAUGCCAAUCUAGAAUACUCUCCAAAUUGUCUUCGGAUGGUGGCCACUCAGCCCAUUCCUAAAGGCCAUGAAAUUUUCAACACUUACGGGCAAAUGGCUAAUUGGCAACUGAUUCAUAUGUAUGGUUUUGUUGAACCAUAUCCUGACAACACGGAUGACACAGCUGACAUUCAGAUGGUGACAGUUCGUGAAGCAGCAUUACAGGGAACAAAAGCUGAAGCUGAAAGGCUCCUACUGCAUGAACGCUGGGAUUUCUUAUGCAAACUGGAGAUGGUUGGGGAAGAGGGAGCCUUUGUGAUUGGGCGUGAGGAGGUACUGACUGAAGAGGAACUAACCACCACACUCAAGGUCCUAUGCAUGCCUGCUGAGGAGUUCAGAGAGUUUAAAGAGAAGGAUGGAUGGGGAGAUAAUAAAAGGGAAGGCGACAGCUUGACGAUCACAAAUAUCCCCAAUCUCAAAGCAUCAUGGAAACAGCUUCUUCGGAACAGUGUUUUGUUGACCCUGCAAACCUAUGCCACAGACUUAAAAUCUGAACAAGAUUUACUCAGUAACAAGGAGGUCUACACCAAACUCAGCUGGAGGGAACAGCAGGCCCUGCAGGUUCGCUAUGGUCAGAAGAUGAUCUUACAUCAGUUGUUGGAACUGACAACUUAACAGGUUCCGUGUUGCCUGAGGGAACAUCGAUGAGAGGAACUUUAUUCAAAUGUUCACUGAUGGUUGAAAAAAAGGAAAAUGUGGAU